AUGGUGGCCUUCGAGGUGUUCAAUGGGAACCAUCAGUAUGCAAGUGUUGCAGCUGUGAACAGUAACGCACCAGUCAAGUAUCCAAGCUUCAAGGCUCCUACGCCUAGCUUCACUGAUGGUACAAAACAUAGCUCCAUAGAUGUUUUUUCUCUCAAAGAAGACCGUGGAAUUGAUAAUUCUCUAGUCCAAGACGUGUGUACUAUCUCAGUCUUACCUGAUGAAGGAAACACAACCCCACAAUGUACCUCCCAGUAUACUCUCUUGAGCUUUGUCAAGGCUCUGCUUCCUUCUGAAAACCAAUUGUUGAUUGAUGCCCAACUCAACUGUCAGAAAACUCAGAACCGCAUCAAUGUGCUACUUGGAGGCACAGAUUCCUACCAAUCAUGUGUUGUGGACAUAAACGUUGAGAAAGGGAAUGGUGCUGAGGCAAAAGAAGUUGUUGCGAGUCUCAAAUCCGAGAGUGUACAUAUGCAAAAGGUACUGCAGAGACAAGCAAGCUUGAGCACUGAUAAAGCUAUAUCUGAGAGAUGCCAUGAUGCACCAACAAACAGGUGGAGAAGAUACAAGCGUGCUGCUUCAUUUGAUUCUAGGAAAAUCGUCAUCCUCUUCUCCAUUUUGUACGUAAUACUUAACUCUACAUCGUAUAAGUAA